CGCCGAGUGCCGGACCUUUACAGUAUAACUCGACGGCCGAUUGUAAUCCGCUAUCGGUGCCAUUCCGGGAAGCUUUUACUCCGUAAAUUCACGUUACGUCGGUUUCGCUUUCUCAACUUUGAUCUCCUGGCUUCCAGUAAACAUACCUUCUCAGAGGAGAAUUCAUCAACUUCAUAACCCUUCACAAUGGAUCAGCCUAGGAGAGUCCUCGUAGUUGCUGGGUCCGAUAACUCUGGCGGGGCGGGCCUCGAAGCUGACCAAAAGGUCAUCGCCGCGCAUGGAUGCUACGCGCAGACGGCCACGACGGCUCUGACUGCCCAGGACACCAAUGGCGUGUACGACGUCCACCAUGUACCGGGAGAGUUCCUGGCCAAGUUGAUCAAGCUGUGUGUUGAGGAUAUCGGGGUCGAUGUGGUUAAGACGGGCAUGCUCGCCUCUGUCGAAAGCAUUAAAGUGGUUGCCGAAAGCCUCGAGAAGUACAACCUGAAGAAAGUGGUCAUCGAUCCCGUCAUGGUGGCCACCAGCGGCGCUGAACUCCUUCCCCGCCAAGCAGUGCGUGAGCUCAUCUCGGACCUCCUCCCGCAUGCCACCGUCCUUACGCCCAACGUCCCUGAAGCUAGGCUUCUCCUCUCCGAGGCGGGGCAGUCGCCGCCGGAGAUCCGGAGCGUCGAGGACCUAGAAACCAUCGGACGGGCGGCUCGAAGCCUGGGUCCUGAGUGGGUUCUCGUCAAAGGUGGUCACACGCCCAUGACGUCCGGUCUGCUGGUCGCCGAGACGGACGAUGAGAGGGAGGUUGUCGUGGACGUGCUCUGCGGACCUGGGGAUACGGUUGUGAGGUUCGAGACACCGUUCCAGGGGACGAAGAACACGCAUGGGACUGGUUGUUCCUUGGCCUCGGCCAUUGCAUCAAACAUGGCCAAUGGCCUUCAUGUCAUCGAUGCUGUCAGGAAGGCUGUCUGGUACAUUGAGGCGGCCAUUCGCACCGCCCCUGACUUUGGGAAGGGUCAUGGACCGUUGAAUCAUUUCCAUUCGACUUACAAGCUUCCCUUUGCGCCGGGGCGUUUCAUCGACUAUCUACUGGACCGCCCAGAUGUCAGGGACGUGUGGAAGACAUUUGUGUACCACCCAUUCGUCAUGGCCAUGGGAGCCGGCACUCUUCCCGUAGAGUCGUUCAAGGGAUACCUGAUUCAGGACUACCUGUAUCUUGUCCAUUUCGCUCGCGCCAACGCCCUGGCCUCCUACAAGGCGAAGCAGAUAGAGGAUGUGGUGGCAGGAGCGAAGAUUGUGCAACACAUCGCCCACGAGAUGAAGCUGCACAUCGACUACUGUGCCCAGUUUGGCAUCACGGUGCCGCAGAUCGAGGCGACGAUGGAGCACCAGGCCUGCACGGCGUAUACACGGUACGUGUUGGAUGUCGGGCAGAGCGAAGGUUGGCUGGCGCUGCAAGUAGCCCUGGCGCCCUGCCUCCUCGGGUACGGGGCCGUCGGGAAACAACUGCACGCCGACCCGGCGACGGUGCGCCAGGAGAACACGUUCUGGCCCUGGAUUGAGAACUACGUCGCAGAAGACUAUGUCGCGGCUGUCCGAACGGGGUCGGAACUAAUGGAGAAGCACGCUGCCGCCGUAUCUCCUUCGGGUUUGGAGCGAUUGGUCGAGAUCUUCAUCCAUGCUACCAAGAUGGAGAUUGGCUUCUGGGAGAUGUUUCCCUGUCAAUAAUGCAAUCUAGGUGCAUUGGAUGCUUCACGGAGUAUUUUUCCAAGUAAUGUCUGGGGCUACGGCGCCUCUGAUGAAAUGAAGCAGGACAUUAAAGAGGAUAGCGGAAGUGAACGGAGGCUUGAUCCGUGACAUAGGCCGAAAUAGAAGCCGGCGUCGGUUGACGAAAAGAAAUGGGUCUAUAAGCAAAUAAAAAAGUAAACCCUCUCAGUUUUGCAGUCCUGAUACCAGUGACGGCAGAGGAUAUGGGAACU